AAAAGUGCUCGCGAAAGAUAGUGACCCCGGUUGUGCGUUCUUUGUGAGGACGAGCCACCACCACUCGUACCCGUUUCGUGUGUGCAGUUUAAAAAGGUGUAAAACGAGCGUCUCUGGGUCGUGUUUGCUCCGAAAAGCCCAAAAAACAAAGGUACAAUGAAAGCCAUCACUGCCGUUUGUGCUACGGGAGCCUCUGUUCCGGCCAUUGCGUCCGGGCGGGUCCGGCACCGCCACCGAGAGGUGGAGAACGGACCGGAAAUCCAAAUGUACCUGUCGAAGCUGAAGGACCUGGUCCCGUUCAUGGCGAAGGACCGCAAAAUGUCCAAGCUGGAGGUGAUACAAAACGUUAUCGACUAUAUCUGCGAGCUGCAGAACACUCUGGCGCAUGCCGAUGCCUCGAUGGAUGCAUCUGCGCCGGUCGAACCCUUGAGGCAGCCCUUGGGGGUUCGUCCUCCCGCGCCCAACACCAUCCUGGCAACCAGCGGCAUCACCACCACCACCGGCAGCAACGUGGCCACCUCCACGACAAAUUCCAGCUCUUCUGCCGCCAGCGAAACGACGGUGAUGAACGACAAAGAGAUGCCCUCGUGCUAGGAGGAGCGCGGUAAAAGGUGAACCGUCGCGUUUCGUCAUGCUAUAUGGCGGGGUCACUCCACGCGUCCCGACUGUAGCGGUGCAAUAAAGCCCCCUUCCGAUCCCCGUCCGGUGUGGGAGAAGAACCUCAGCGAAGAUGAAGCAGAAGCGGUAGAGAAGGUUCGCUUGGUCCACUUCCUUCUCCGUGGCCUCGCUCGGAUUGGGGCCCGUGGGCUUCGAAGGGGUUCCAAGCGUGAAGCGUGGGGGAGGAGGACACGGGAACACAGGGACGGAAGCCGCUUUUGUGUGUGAUGGACGGUCCCCCAGUGGGGGACGACGUUGGUCGGCGGGUCGAAUGUAGAGCGAAAAAGGCCAGAGAGAAACACGCGCGCGCACUACUAUAAUGAUGCAAAAGGUAACUUUUAAUUUUAAUUCCAUUUAAUGUUCUGUGAUCCGUAGGAAUAUGUGUGUGUGUGUGUGGUUUGAUGAUAACACAAGGUAAACGAUUAUGAAGCGAGUAAAAGAUACACUCAUACUCAAAAGAGAGCCGAGGCAAGGAGCUUAGGGUCACACGUGACACGGAAAUGGCGCUGAAUCUGUGUAGGGUUUUCUUUUACUUUUGCUUACUACUCACUGACCGCACGGGUAUACAUACCGAUCGGGGCAUGUAUAGUGCGUGCGGGUGUGUGCAACUCAUGUGUAUAGGAAAUAAGAGACUUUCAGAGAGAGAGAGAGAGAGAAAGGGUUGAAGAUGUAAUAGGCCACCCGUAAUGGCAUCAUUUCUCGACGCAGCGCAACCCCUUGCUUAAGUUGCGUACUGACACCGUUGAACUUCGCAUUAAGUAAUCCUUCCGUAAGCGCGUGUCCCGCGACACCGCCGAUAAUGAUGAGGGGCACGAAAGAAGUAAAUUAUUAUGAAUAUAUAAAUUGUUUGUAGUACAAGAAAUGUCGAUGGUAAAUAU